GAUACAAAUCACAUGACAUUAGUCUUGAACGUUAUUGUACGUGAAACACUAGGCCUAGUUUAACCGCACAGAAUGAUCAUGUACAAAAGACAUAAUCACAUCUUUUCUGCUUUACUUUAAGGUCUUACCUCCAUGGUUGAACGUAUCUCUCCAAAUCUUCUCGAAUUUUGCCCCAUCUAGACAGGAUAUCGUGUAGGGAAAAUGCGUACUUUUCACCGUACUUUGCUGGCAGUCUGUGCCGUGUUGGCGGCGCUUUGCACGGUAUCAUGCACCGAGCAAUUUCACAGUCGUCGUAUACGUAGGCCUGUUGGUUUGGGACUAGGUCUUCGAGCCAAAUCAACAGCUGGUAUGCAGUGUCCAGACAAUAAAUGCCGUAUAUAUGAGACGUAUUACAUUGAGCAAAAGAUUGACCAUUAUGGUUUCAUAAAUGAUGACACAUUCAAGAUGCGAUACCUCGUUGCCCAGCAGUACUGGGAUAAAAACGGUGGACCGAUAUUCUUCUACACCGGCAAUGAGGGCGACAUAACCUGGUUCUGUGACAACACAGGCUUCAUGUGGGACAUUGCUCCAGAAUUCAAAGCAAUGUUAGUGUUUGCUGAACACCGUUACUAUGGUGAAUCUCUACCCUAUGGGAAAGAAUCGUACAUGGACAGGGAACAUCUAGGUUAUCUGACAUCAGAGCAGGCUCUAGCUGACUAUGCCGUUCUGAUCAAGUAUAUUAAGUCGUCUAUACCAGGGGCAGCUAGUAGCCCAGUGGUAGCAUUUGGUGGCUCAUACGGGGGUAUGCUGGCUGCUUGGAUGAGAAUGAAAUAUCCUGAUGCUGUUGUAGGGUCCAUUGCAGCCUCUGCACCUAUCUGGUCGCUCAACAAUCUCACAAACUGCAACACACAGUUCACAAUCAUAACAAAGGACUUCACUGAAGUCAGCCCCACCUGCAGCAAGACAAUAAGAGCCAGCUGGGCUGUUAUUGAUAAGUUUGGGUUGACAGCUGAAGGUAAAGAACAGUUGAGAACAUCGCUGAGAUUAUGCAGCCCAGUGCUGACGGGUGAUGAUGUGGCCGUCAUCAAAGAUUGGCUGACGGAGACCUGGUUCAACCUGGCCAUGGUAGACUACCCGUACAAUGCCUCCUUCCUGGAACCACUUCCUGCUUUCCCCAUUGAGGUUGUCUGCUCACACAUCAAGAGUGCUAAUGCCACAGGAGUGGCAUUGCUUGAGGAACUGGCUGAGGCAGUGAAUGUUUACUACAACUACACCGGCUCAGCCAAGUGUUUCAACACCUCACAGACAGCCACUGGAUCCCUUGGAGAUAAAGGCUGGGGAUUUCAGGCCUGCACAGAGAUGGUCAUGCCGUCUUGCAUGGAUGGUAAGCAGGACAUGUUUGAGCCUUCACCGUGGGUAUAUGAGGCAUACGUCAAGGAAUGUCAGGCAGACUGGAAUGUGACACCCAGACCAGACUGGCCCAUCGUACAGUACUGGGGCAAGAACAUAUCGGCAGCCAGUAACAUUGUUUUCAGUAAUGGACUGCUAGACCCAUGGUCAGCAGGUGGGGUGUUAAAGUCCAUCUCGGAUACCGUAGUGGCUGUCAUUAUUCCAGAGGGGGCGCACCACCUGGACCUGCGCUCACACAACAAGGAUGAUCCGCCGUCUGUAAUUGCAGCUCGUAACACGGAGAAGGCCAACAUCAAGAAAUGGAUUGCUAAAGCCCAUGGCAACUUGUAGAUUGGGUCUAUGCAGGUCAAAUUUGUGAAUAAGCUGGUCAUUUCCCUGAUUGUUUGAUUCGUGAAAAUUAAUAGUAAUAAUAUUAAUAAUUAUAACUCCUCAUAAAGGGCUUUCCAUCUUAAUAAAAAAGACCCCAAAGCGCUGUACAUUACAAGACAUAACAUUGCCCCAAAUUGGAGAAUAUCUACUUGUUUACUGACAGAAGUUUAGGAAUCAGUACUGUUUUCCGUCCAUAUUCUCGCUUGUGGUUCUGUACCUGCUGUAACAGUCUUAGUUCGUUGUCAGUGAUGGUAUAAACAUGUUACUGAUCAGUUUUCUAUACAUAUAAGUUAACAGCUGUCCAGAUUUCUGGAGUCCCACCUAUGUGUACGAACAGAAUGUGUACGAACAGAAUGAGAGAUCUAGAGAACAAGUGUGUGCUGAGUGUAUAAAAAUAUAAAGUAUAAAAAAGCUUUUAAAGUGGCAUAACAAUCUUGUUAUAUCUCUCUAAUAAAUUAAAGGGACACUGGGUCCUGGAACAGCCCAAUUGGGCUACAAAACGCGCUUUUGAAUAUUUUUUAUUCAAAGGCGAUAAAAUGAAUGAUGGAUAUCUUGUCUGUAGAAAGUGCAUUAUGUUGAUUCAACCGAUGUUGACCUCAUUUAAACAAAUUAUAAAAAGCUUGCCAAGCGUGUAGUCUAGGAAAAUUUGAAUCAGCCAAGACAUAUUUAUGGCAGCUUUGGAGUUUUAAUGUAAAGUUUUAAUAUAACAUUUUUAUUCUUUUGAAAUACUUUUUUUCUGUCUGCGUAUACGUCAUUUGAAACGGGCAAUGUAUGAAGUCCCAACCAGAAUGGUUUAAUAUUUUGCUUUCUGUUAAAAAGAAUUUAUAUUAGAACAAAUAUAUUUUUAAAGAUUGAUAAUAAAAAUGAAGGAGACAUUUCAUGA